AUGUAUCAUGCCUUCGGCAUAUCCGCCGGGGUGCGGCGUAUUGCGAAGCGAAUGAUUCGAGUACGUUUAUCCAGCGAUCAACGUCGAUUGUGCGUGGUUUGGGCCGCCGUGGGUUUUGCUGCCGAUGAACCGUAUGAGCUAGGGCCCGAUUCGCAGCGGCAGGAGGGAGUGCCGCAGGGCAAGGUGACCAAACACCAGUGGAAGAGCGAUAUCUUUGAAGACACGGUGCGCGACUAUUGGGUUUAUUGUCCGGCUCAAUACGACGAGAACGAGCCUGCGCGGGUGAUGGUGUUUCAGGACGGCCACGCUUAUGUAAACGAAGAGGGCCAGUUCCGCGUGCCGGUGGUGCUCGACAAUUUGAUUUACCGCGGAGAGCUGCCGCCGAUUAUCGGCAUCUUCAUCAACCCGGGGCAUCGUAGCGAAGACGACGUGAAGCCCCAGCCGGGCUGGAAGGCGAACAACCGCAGCUUCGAAUACGACACGAUGUCGAACCAGUACGCCCGAUUCUUGCUGGAAGAAAUUCUCCCGGAGGUUGGCAAGACCUACCGGCUUUCAGACGACCCCAACCAUCGGGCGAUCUGCGGGAUUUCCUCAGGGGGCAUUUGUGCCUUCACCGUGGCGUGGGAGAAGCCGGAAGAGUUUCGCAAAGUGCUGAGCCACGUGGGCAGCUUCACGAACAUCCGCGGCGGGAAUGUGUACCCGGCGUUGAUUCGUAAGACCGAGCCGAAACCGAUUCGCGUGUUCCUGCAAGACGGGUCGAACGACCUGGACAACGCCCACGGCAACUGGUGGCUCUCGAACCUGCAGAUGGACGCGGCCCUGAAGUUCGCCGGGUACGACUACAAAUUCGUCGGCGGCGAGGGCGGGCACAACGGCAUCCACGGCGGCGCGAUUCUGCCCGACUCGCUACGUUGGCUGUGGCGAGAAGAUUCGGCCAAAGACACUAGCGGCGACUAA